GUCACAGGCAGCUUGGCCCGUCCUCCUCGCCCAGAACUUUCGACGGUAAGCCCCGCCUCCUCGUCUCCUCCCCCGUCGUCCUCCCUGACCGCCUCCCAGUCCCUCCCCUUCCUCCGACUACGCCAUGGACAGCGCCGCCCUGAACCCUUCCGCCACGGCCGCGGCCGCCGUUGCGGCGGGGAACGGCGUCCAAGCGUCGGAGGCCGGCGGGGAGCGGUCCGAGGACGCGUCGAAGCAGAACCUGGCGCAGGUGACCAGCUCGAUCCAGAAGACGCUGGGCCUGCUCCACCAGCUCAACCUCACCGUCUCCUCCUUCAACUCCGCCUCCCAGCUCCCCCUCCUCCAGCGCCUGAACGCGCUCGUGGCGGAGCUCGACACGAUGCAGAAGCUCGCCGAGGGCUGCGACAUCCAGGUGCCCAUGGAGGUCGUCAAUUUGAUCGACGACGGGAAGAACCCCGACGAGUUUACAAGGGACGUGCUCAACAGCUGCAUCGCGAAGAACCAGAUCACCAAGGGCAAGACCGACGCUUUCAAGAGCCUACGGAAGCAUCUUCUUGAGGAGCUUGAACAAGCUUUCCCCGAGGACGUAGAACAAUACAGGGAGAUUCGUGCUUCUUCUGCUGCUGAGGCGAAGCGGUUGGCUCAGUCCCAGAGCACUUUGCCUAAUGGAGAUGUCAAAGUGAAAGCUGAGCACUGAGAGAAGGAUACACCUGCAUAUAGCAGGUUUGUUACCUGUGUUUAGUUUGGAGAUGGCUUUGUUAACCAGAAACAUGCAUGUCUUUCUAUGCAAUCGCCCCUCAUAUGAUUGAUCAGUGAAUCUGUACAUAUUUUCAUAACAUGUGUGGUCCAAUAUAUUCAACUUAACCAAUAACUGAAAUCAAUUACUUGGUGCUGGAUUGUCAUAGCUAAGCUCAUUAGGUUUUCCUCUAGGCACUAGCUCAAGAAAAUGUGAAGCAGGACAGUGCAUGCAAGUAGCUAGCUAUGUUUUGGUUUCUCUGAAGGUUUUUAAGCACUAACUACCAUCUAGGGUUGCGGGUGUGCCGCAUACUUCCUUACUGUUGCGAUAUGAUACAUGUGAUUGACAAUAAAAUAAUGUAUUCAAUUCAUUAAUUCUUCAUGGACCUGUGGGUACUGCUUUGUACUCCAUUCA